AUGGGAGUUCCAAAGUUCUUUCGAUGGAUGUCGGAGCGCUAUCCCAAAAUCAAUCAACGGUUAGGAUCGCCACCCAAUCCAGAAACCUCUCAGCGUUAUUUUGACAAACCACCACCCGAUGCCUUUGAACAUCCAGAUCCCUUUAGCAAAUGUGGUUUGCCACCAGAAAUCGAUCGCCUCUACAUUGAUAUGAAUGGAAUUAUUCACGGCUGUUCUCACAACAACUCCAGUAAUGUUGACGAUGAUGGCGAAGGAUUUGACACGGUUUCACGGAUCUCCAAUCCCGACAUUUUUCGAAACGUUUGCUACUACCUCGACCGGAUAAUUGGCGACAUGGUACAACCCCAACAAGUGGUAUACAUGGCGAUCGAUGGUGUUGCACCCAGAGCAAAGUUGAAUCAACAACGAAGUCGGCGGUACCGCAGUGGUACGGAGGGCUCUAUCGAAACGAGUAUCUACGACGCCCAUGAAAAAGCAAUGCAAGAGCAAGAAGAAAAACGAGAACAAGAACAAAUCGAGGAGGAUGAUGCAUUUAGUGUGGAAGAUGGGUAUUCCUUUGCCUUUAAUGAGGAAAAUGUCAAGGACGAUAGCAAAGCUCGGCUCGAUGUCGAAGAAGUCACACCAGGCCGGUUCACUGGAAAGUUUGAGACUCAAACGCAAGAACUGGAUGGCGACAAGGAGGCCUUUCACUCCAACGUUAUUACACCUGGAACGCCCUUCUUUACUGACUUUACACAACAUUUGGAGCACUUUGUCAAAUACAAAAUGAGUACGGAUCCAAAGUGGAAGGACUUGACAAUCAUAUUCAGCGGCCCAAACGUGCCUGGAGAAGGAGAACACAAGAUCAUGCAGUUCAUUCGAGAGCAAAAGAAAGAACCAAACUACAAUCCAAACUUACGCCAUUGUAUCAUGGGACAGGAUGGAGAUUUAAUCAUGCUGGGGCUAGCAACACACGAACCCAACUUGGUGCUGCUGAGGGAGCGCGUCAUUUUUAACAUGGUGCAACAGCAGCUGCGACAUGCAGCGUCAAGUGGACUGGAUGCUUACGUCAACAAUGCUCACUUUGAGCUACUGCACAUGGGAGUUUUAAGGAACUAUUUGGCGUAUGAAUUUGAGACUUCAGAUGUCAUGCAGGAGGCUCCUUGGGAUCUGGAACACACGAUUGACGAUUUCGUUUUCAUGACAUUCUUUGUGGGAAAUGACUUUUUGCCUCAUAUGCCUGCUCUGGACAUUGCAGAUAACGCCUUUGACUUGCUUUUCUGGACAUACAAGGAGAGCCGAAAGCAGUGGUUGAAGGAGGAUCCCAAAAUGCCAUAUUUGACAAACAGAGGAUCGAUUGUUUCUGGAAGGCGAGUGGAGGAGUUUUGUUCCGCUCUGGGAAGCCACGAAGUUUCAUAUUACGACAAGAAAAAAAUCACAGCUCCCAAGGAGAAUAGGCGACUUCGAAAACAAUACAAAAAGCUGGGGAUGGCAACGACUGUUCCAAAUGAGACUGUUAUUGAGUCCAAAGAACAAGCGGAUAGGGCAGCCUACCGAGCAAUGCUUCAGAAUGUAGGUGAAAAAGAAGCAGAAGCAGAUACGGAGACCUUUUCUCCAGUCGUGUCAGGUGAGGUCUCUUUCCGUUCGUCAGAAGAGUUCAUAGAGGAAGGCUUGAUUUCACAGAUGGGUAGUAUAUUGCAGAACUCCAUUAGCCACGAAGGUGGUGAAGAUGGAGAGCACGGUUCUUCACUUGAUGAUCAGGACCUGAAGGGUCGCUAUUACUAUGACAAGUUCCAGAUCACCCCAUACGAUCAAGAAAAGCAUCAUGCCCUGCGAAAGGCAUACAUGGAAGGCUUGGUUUGGAAUCUCAAAUAUUAUUACGAAGGAUGUGUUUCUUGGGACUGGUACUACCCAUACCAUUAUGGGCCCAUGUUGAGUGAUCUUGUUGAUCUUGAUAACAUCCUAGGCGAAGUCGACUUUGAAGGGAAGAUGGGAUCUCCCCUGAAACCUUUCCAACAGCUGAUGGGAUGCAUGCCACCGUCUCAGUCUCACCAUCUACCUGAGCCUUUCCGCUGGCUGAUGACGGACGAAAACUCUCCAAUCAUUGAUUUCUACCCAAAAUCAUUUUAUGUAGACAUGAACGGAAAACGAUGGCCAUGGGAAGCUGUGACUUUGUUACCAUUCAUCGAUUCGCAGCGACUUAUUGCGGAAUAUGACAAAAUUGACGAGAGCCUACUGUCAGAGGACGAGCGUCGGCGCAAUUUGACUGGGAGCAUAGUCGUCAUGAUGUACGAUGAGGGCCACGCUGAAGCUAUUCCAGCGAUUGGAGUAAACGAAGGAUUUAGGGCAAUCGAUGAGAGCAAGGUCAUAUCCGUUCCUUUUGAAAUCUCAGACUGGAGUUACUCGUUGGAAGACAAAGCAGUACUCGAACCUGUUCUGCAUCCAGGAGUCGAAGUUCCUCUCCCAGGAUUUUCUUCAUUGAGAGAUGCACCAAUUCAAAGUCUGUGGCGCAGAAGGAACGGAUUGAAUGUCUUUGGUGGUAGAAGUCGUUAUUUGACUGCAUGCUUGGAAGUGUCAUCUUUCAUGCCGCCGCUCCCACCAGUCGAAGAUCUUGCUCCAAAGCUGAUAGGAACGAGCAUCUUUGUAAAUUAUCCCCAUUUUGUGGAAGGUCUUGUAACAGCAGUAUCAGACGAGCACACCGUAGUGCGUGGCCGAAAGAAGCCACGACGUUGGACUGAAAAGGAGUCUGAGAAAUGGAGGAUUCAAAGAGAAGGUAUAACAAGGUGCCUGGAGGUUGGAGAGGGAUAUACAGGAACUGGUGGCGUGAUCAUUCCAGAUGAUCAAGCUGUAACGUUGUCUGUUCGGCCAUUGGAAGGGAUUUCGACACUAAAGAACGGAAUGACAGUCAAGAGUUAUGCAAAGUUCGAAGUUGAAGUCCCAAUCAUUUCCACAUUCUGGAAUCCAAAAAGUGCUGACGCUCGUCUCAACGAUAUUCCAGCCCGCCUUGAAAAGAAUGCAUUUGAUGUAGCAGGCCCACUGCAAGCUGCGCAAAAGAGUCAACAGAAGCCUAAGAAUGGUCGAAGAAGAAAGAAAUUGUUCCCACCAAAGGGUAAUUCAACGGCCGAAUUUUCUGAAGGGAUGGAGAUUAACAAAGUAGCCAAGGCUCACUUCUCAACCUCGGCCUUCUCAUCACUUGGAGCGAUUCAACGACCCACGACUAUUGGUCGCACGGGUUUUGGUUUCCGCCAUGCGAGUCACAACCUUGCAAGGAGGAAUUACUCAUCCAUUUCCUCUUUGAUGCCAGUACAAAACAGCAGCCAACAAGGCAUGAAGUUUGAGCAAGUCCUGCCGGAGCGACAACUGAUUGGACUGAAAACAUCUCCGAGAACCACGAUUCGACCCUUGGUCGGAAGAACUGCCAAUCCUCGAGGACGAAUGCUUGCUGUUGGUUUCAUCGCCGCCUCAUUUCUAUUUCAGUUUGGCGAAGCGGUGUCAUGGUUUGGCGGUUCUGCCACUGAGACAAGGUCAGUGUCCCCUUCAUUUGCUGCAAGACAGCUGUCCACGAGCUCGCAAUGCGUAUUUGAUAUUCGAGGUGGGGUAGAAGAAAUGGAUUUUGAGAUUGACAGUGUUCCUCCCCUUGAAUUUGCACAUGGAACAACAACAUUGUCCUUCAUAUUCCAAGGAGGCAUAGUUGCUGCUGUGGAUUCGAGAGCUAGUUUGGGGAGCUUUGUUGGCUCGAAGACAACCCAGAAAGUAUUACCCGUCAAUUCUCACAUACUGGGAACCAUGGCUGGAGGUGCCGCUGACUGUAUGUUUUGGAUCGGAAAGCUUCGAGCGGAAGCAAUGUUGCACGAACUGAAAGAAGGUUGCCGAAUGUCAGUUGCCAGAGCAUCACGUUUGCUGUCCAACUCGCUGUAUGAAAAUCGAGCCCUAGAUCUGAGUGUUGGUACGAUGAUAAUGGGAUUCGAUCCUGAAGAUGGUCCACCAAGAAUAUUUUAUGUCGAUAACACCGGAGUUCGAAUCAAAGGCGACCUGUUCGCUGUUGGGUCCGGGGGGACAUUUGCAUUGGGAAUCCUUGACAACGAAAGGCGGUACUCAAUGACAGAAGACGAAGCCAUCGAGCUCGGCAUUAAAGCUAUUCGCCAUGCAACUUUCCGAGAUGCCUACUCUGGUGGUUUUAUCAACGUCUUCCUAAUCACUCACGAUGGGUGGAGAAAAGUUUACACUGAAGAUCUAGCUGGAAAUAUGUCUAGUGGUGAAAAAUUGGCCGAGCAAAUCCAAUAG